GGAGCUGACAUGGACCCAAAUCCUCGGGCAGCCCUGCAGCGCCAGCAGCUCCGCCUUCGGGAGCGGCAGAAAUUCUUUGAGGAAAUUUUACAGCCGGACACAGAGUUUGUCUUCCCCCUGUCCCACCUGCAUCUCGAGUCACAGAGACCCCCCAUAGGUAGUAUCUCCUCCAUGGAAGUGAAUGUGGAUGCCCUGGAGCAGGUAGAACUUAUUGACCUUGGAGACCAGGAUGGAGCAGAUGUGUUCUUGCCUUGUGAGGACCCUCCACCAGCCUCCCAGACAUCUGGGCUGGAGGAGCACCCAGAGGAGUUGAGCCUCCCAAUGCCGACGCCAGACAGGACUGCAUCCCGCACGUCCUCGUCAUCUUCUGACGACUCGACCCACCUGCACAGCCCAAAUCCCAGUGACGGUGGGGUAGACAUGCCCUUGGCACAGUCUGAUGAGGAAGAGGAUGGGGCUGAUGGAGGGGCAGAGCCUGGAGCUUGCAGCUAGCGGUGGGCCUCCAUCUACAGACUGACCGAGCCGGCUCU